AUUGUCAAAAAUUAACAUUUCAACCUCCUUCUAAGACGAUGGCGGAAUGCUCUAUGUUUUUUUCGACGCUAACUAAUUCUAGCACCUUUUCCUUUGGGAAAGCAAGCUACGAAGGUUUAAAAGCGAAGAAUGCUCUUCUCGAUUACGGUUUUACUUUUGUAGAGAAAAGAGUCUCCGCAAUUGGUAAGCCUGUUCUCGAGGUUGGAAGUAAACUAAUAGAAAAAUACCCCAAGCAAGCUAAAGUAUUUGAUAAAAAAGCUGCUGAUUGCUUGCAGAAGGUCGAAGAUGAAACGCCAAAGUUACUUAGCGCUGUAAAGGACUCUGCAGUAAAAAAUUGCACGAGUAGCUUAAAAUGGUGUCUACAAUCGUCUGUAGGCAGAAAAGGAUUGAAAAUGAUGACCUCCGUAAUUAAUGCAACCGAAGUUAUCAUCGAUAAAAUAGAAGAUAAAAAGAUAGAGGAGAAACUUGACGAUGAAACAAAUCCAAAAGAGAAUAAUGAAAACAAAGAUACAAUAAUAGAUAAAUUUACUUUAAGGGGAAGGAAGAUAUUUUCUUUCUUUUUGAAGGUUCCUUUAACAGGCUUGGUGAAUGUUUUGAAAGUACUUCGUCACCGACUUUAUAGAAUUGCUAAACUAAAGCAAGUUAGGAAAUUGAGAAAGAGAGGAAACCCCCCUAAAGAAGAUAAGGAGGAAAGAACUUGUCAAGCGAACGGUCACGUACAAUCUGAAUCUGAUGAAAGUGAGCACGAUCUUGAAAAUUUCGAUUUCGAAAAUUACCAAUCGGAUGACGAUCCCAAUUACGAACCACCAUCUUCUCCAUCAUCCUCGGACGAUUCAUCAGAUUACGAAAGCGAAUCGGAACGUGGCGAGAAUCUAAUGGAGGAACUACAAGAUAAACCUCCUACCACCGAGAAAACCGAAGGCGAAGAAAAGAAAGAAGAAAAUACUUGUAAUUAA